AUGGCAAAUACCGAAGAAACAUCCGUCGUGAUCAUUGGAGGCAGCCUUGUAGGCCUUUCAACAGCCCUCUUCCUCUCCCAUCUCAACAUUCCCACCAUCCUGAUAGAGCGCCAUACCGGCAGUUCUCUUCACCCUCGUGCUAUUGGCUACACUGCACGAACAAUUGAACUGUUUCGAACUGUCGGCGUUGAGUCAAAACUCAAAGGCAUUCAAUGGUCUGGCGGUCCUCCCCGCCGUAUUGUUGUGGAGAGUCUCGCUGGAAAGUGGACAAAAGAACAAGGCUGGACGCAAAAGCCCAAAAGUGGUCCACCAGCUUCCUUUGCAGAGCAUUCUCCUACUGAAGGUGUUGCUAUCGCUCAAGAUGUCAUUGAGCCUGUUUUGAGAGAUCGAGCGAGAGAGCUUGAGGCAGAUCUCAGACUGGGCUUCACCCUUACGGGCUGGAGUCAAGAUGGCAAAAGCGUUACAGUCAACGCUACCGGAAAGGACGGCGAAGAAAUCCAUGUCAAGGCAAAAUACAUGGUCGCAUGUGAUGGCAACCGCAGCCGGGUUCGAGAAAGUCUCGGUAUUCAACGCCAUGGCGUUGGUCUUCUUCGGAAGCUCCAGAGUAUCAUGUUCAGAUGCGAACGUCUUCAACAUUUUCUGGAACACGGCUACAGUCAAUUCCAGAUCGAAGGUCGCGAAGAUGGUUUCGAAGCUUUCAUGACUACCUAUGGUGGCGGACGAUGGAUGCUAGCUUGGAACCUGGAGGCCGACGACCCUGAAGCCAUUCUUGAUGAAGCAACCCAGCGCGACAUGAUCCGCAAGGCUUCUGGUGUACAGGAUCUCCCCGAUGAGGACAUUCAACUCAUCACUACUGGUAAAUGGGAUAUCGGUGGUCUCAUCGCGGAUAAGUUCACUUCUGGUCGUGUUUUCCUCGCUGGCGAUGCAGCUCAUGCUCUUCCUCCCAAUCGCGGCGGUUACGGUGCAAACACCGGCAUAGCUGAUGCACAUAACCUUGCAUGGAAGCUGGCAUCAGUGCUUCGUGGUGAGUCAUCGCCAGAGCUUCUUGAUACAUAUGAUGUUGAGAGAAGACCUGUUGCAGAUGUCCGGCAUGACCAGAUCUUUGCAAGAGAGGACUACAAGCGAUACGUGGUCGAUAAGGAAUGGCCUGGAAAGAAUGUUGAGAUUAUGGAUGAUGUGGCGAUGGAGUUUGGGUAUUUCUAUAACUCAGAGGCCAUUGUUGGAGGUCCAGAUGGAUCUGUUCCAGUCAAGAGGCCGGAUGAGUGGAAUGGACUGCCAGGCACAAGAGCGCCCCACGUUAUACUUGAAGGUGAUCAUAGCUCAACUUUGGACCUUUUCGGUACAUCUUGGGUCGUUAUAUCGAAGGAUGAGAGGUGGAAGAAGCUCGUAGUAGAGGCGUCCAAAGCGACAAAGGCAAAGAUUGCGUUUGUGCACGUUGGAGGCGACGUUACUGAGAAGAACGAGGGCGAUUUCAACAGACUGUAUGGCUUGGAAGAUACCGGUUGUUCGUUAGUUCGGCCCGAUGGCUUUGUUGCUUGGCGAGCAACAGCAUGGCCGGCUGAACCACAGAAGGAGUUGCUACAGGCGUUGGGUCAGGUUUCCUUCUCGUCGAAAGAGGCAGAUGGGUUGCGGUGA